AUGUUCGGUUCUACACGCUUAUUACUUUCAUUUUCAGUGAUACUGUCUUUACGCUUUGUUUUGCUGCUGGGUUUGACUGAGGCAAAGAAUAUAGUGGGCAUUGAGAACUUUCACGACGAAAGCGGCAGAUUGCACCGUCGUUUCUCCUCAGAUGACUCAAUACUGCAGGCUCGUGAUGCUAAAAGACUGCCUUUAGACAUUGACAAGGUUAUGGAAGAGAAUAGCAGAUUAUUCAAGCGUGACCCCAAGAGGCUACCUCUUGACAUAAACGCUAUCAUUGAGGAGGAGGAGAGGAUUGCAAAAAGAGAUCAAAUGAGAAGCCAAAAGGAUUUUAGCGCUGGAUCGAAGAACUUGCAUAUCGCUCCCGUUUCUCUGGAUUCUAAGCUGACGUCUAUGAAGGAGACAGCAGUGUUCUUCAGCUAUAUUAGAGAUGAUGUACAGUUAUCGGCCAAGUUGUGUGAUGAGAACGAAGACUUGAUCAUUAUAGCACCCUCAAACGAUGCUAUCUCUAAAUUAAGCAAGAAGCCUUGGGGGUUUCCUCGAGAUGUGGCAUCUUUGGAGGCCAGUGAAGCCACUGAAAGGGAAAUCGACAGUGCCAUCAGACGGAACAUUUUGCAAUUUGUAAGAUCUCAUGUGGUUGCUUACGAUGAAAGUCAUUCACUCGAUGAAUACGGACCUGGUUGCAUUACGCUUAAGAGUCUGGAAUUCGAAAACUCAUCUAAUCAAGACACUAAGGGAGAUAUCCUAUUGAAGAAACAAGGUGAUUCUUUUUAUGCGGCUUCUGUAGUGUCCAAAGAUUUUCACAAAGUUCAAAAGGUCGAGACUGCCGUCAACGGUGUUGUGCUGGUUAUCGACUCAUGCUUAGAGAAGCCAUGA